CCAAUAACAUGAUACGAUAUUGAAUAAGUUUUAUUCUUAUACUAUUCCUUCCCUGUGACAGCAUUGGUUACUUUCGUCGAUCUUCAACUGAUAAUAUUAAUUUGUUACCGGAUAUGCUGUUCUGUCGAAGUAAAGCUUGUACUUUUAGUUUAAGUUAAUCGAUAUACGUAAUAAUGUAUUAUGGAAAGCAACAAACUGAGAAGUAUGCCGAUAUGUCUAUAAGAUAGCGGAUGCUAAUAAGUAUUUAUCGAACACGGUGAUCGCCAGUGAGCUGACUUUCUAUUCGUCUAUUUCUGAUCCUUUCAAAAUAUAUUCAAAUUCUCAAAUCUUUUGGAAUAUUUUGACUUUGUACCCUUUAGAUACACAAAGCCAAAGAUAUAAUAAGGGCUACAACAAUGAUAUAGGCAAGAAUGAAUCAAGAAGAGGAAGAAUGGCACGUCAAAGCGAUAAAAAAUUGCUUUCGUUUGAUUUUCAUUUGUUUGAAAGCAUAAACAUGAGUUGAAAGCAUUACUAUAAAAGCGAACGGUGAUGUAGUAGGGGAUACAACUACAAAUACGUUCGAAUAAAACAUUGCUCGCGCUUCUUUUAAGGGGGAAUCGCGUUCGUAAUUUGCAUGAAAUACGUGACUACCUUUUAGUUUGUAACCAUUCACGCGUUAAAGGAGAUAUACGAAAGGCGGUCUACGAACGUUUAUCAUUAAACGUGAGAAGAUAGAUAAUUUAGAAGUAUAUAUCAGAAAGAUUGAUAAAUUACGCAUUGAUCUUUUUCUUUUAUUUUUCUUUUUGUUUGUACUUUUCUUUUUUUUCUUUUUUUCAACACAUCAUUUUUGCGAUGAGUGAGUUAUGCUAAUCGCCUGGAAAUACAAGUGCGAGUUUAUAUACUUUUUGAAUUAUUAAUUAGAACGACGACAUAUUGAUGACGAUGAUAAAUAAUAAAAUUUUUAUUUCGAUUCUCUUAUUGACGAGUUCACGGAAAUACCAUCGAUCGUCACCCUACGUGAAUGCCUUUCAAGUUGAGGAUUGUCUGACACUUUGUUCAAACGAAUCCUGUGAAAAUGCCUGUCGACAUAACGUGAACGAAGAUGCGAAUGCAAACAUCAGUUUAAGCUGUAGAGGAAUGGAUUCUAUUGUGAUUAAGCAUAAUGAUGGGUCAUAUAUUAUCGAGCAAAGUACAAAAGAUCUUAUUUGGAAGACAGUAAAAAUUAGUAACGGCAAAUUCUCGUCCUUUUCUAAUUUAAUAGCAAAUACAUCUUAUCGAUUUCGUUUAAGUAGAUUAAUGGGACAUGGUGUAUCUCGAUCGGAAGUAUCAGAUUGGUUUUCAACUUACGACGUCGGUUAUGUGCCGAAGAAAGUUUCCAACGUGUCUUUGUUGAAAAUAGAAAUAGAUAAAGACGAUGUAUGUCGACUUUCUGCAGACAUUCGUUUCGAGCCAGCGGACGAUUUGAGUUGCGAUUAUAAUAUUUUGUAUUGGCAAUACGUGCACGAUUUAAGACACUUUGUAAUUCGGAAGGCUUCGACUUUUCUUAUCCAUCUUAGAAAUUUAGAAUUUGAUCGAAACACAACGAUAUAUAUUUCUUCCGUGAACGGUGGCGAUAAGAAAUUUAGCGAUGAAACGACCUUAACAUUUGUCACACCCUCUUGUUUGGAAACACAUAAUAAUUUAAGGAUUUGCCCUCCGGAGAAGGUCAAAGGCCUACGCGUAACAGAUGUUUACAAAUAUGAUGAUCUUUACGAUGUUUCCGUUAACUGGGAUGAACCUAGCAAAGAACCGGAUAAUUAUACGAUCCAAUUGGAAACGUUACGAGAAAAUAAAAUACUUCUGACGGUACUUGGGAAUGUAACUGAGGCUCAUUUUUUAAAUAUCAAAUUGGUGCAACAAUAUAAAGUCAGUAUUAUCGCUGAUUCAGUUGGUGGUUCUAGUCCGGUAUCUUGGAAGAUAAAUGAUUGCAAUCCGCCGAUAGUAAACGAUUACAGUUUUUAUCAGAAAAUCAUUAUAUUGUUAGCGAUUUUAAUAAUGAUCGUGAUAUUGAUGGCAAUUUGCAUGUACCUGUAUAUAUGGAGAAAAAAACGUUGUAUGCAACAUACGCAUGUUCCGGUUUUGAAUCAAAAUAAAUUGCCUACGAAUACGCCUAAAUUAUUGCAAGAAGAUAAGAACGUGUCUAAAGAACACUCUGAAAAUAAUUCUUUGCCAUUGGAUAAGUUUGAAUUAUCUCCGAAAAAAUUGCAAUUAAGAGAUAUUCUUGGAAGAGGUGCUUAUGGGAUCGUUAGAUUUGGAACGUUUCAAGAUGAUUUCGGUGUUGUUAGUAACGUGGCAGUUAAAGGGCUCAAAGAUAAUCCGACCGUGGAUGAUAUAAACAAUUUUCAUAAAGAAAUUCAGAUUAUGAAAUCAGCUGGUAAGCAUCCAAAUAUAGUUUCAUUGAUUGGAUAUUGUACAAUAUAUGAGAAACCAUUGCUGAUUGUGGAAUAUUGCUCCAACGGUGAUCUUCAAACGUAUUUGAGAAAGAUAUGGAAAAAUACGAUGAACGGUGUUUAUGAUUAUAAGUCACAAUUUACAUUUGAACAAGAUUUUCAGAAUUAUGAAAAUGAUCAAAGGAAUCGAAUUGUUGAAAAUUGUUUAUACGAUAUUCAACAAGAAUACAUUACCGCGAACGAUUUACUAAAUUUUGCAAGGCAAAUUGCUAAUGGAAUGGAAUUUUUAUCUAGCAAUCGAAUAGUACAUCGUGAUUUGGCUGCACGAAAUAUUUUGGUAUGCUCUGACAAUAUUGUCAAGAUUUCAGAUUUUGGUCUUAGUCGUGAUAUUUAUCAAGAAAAUGUUUACAAGAAAAAAGGAGGUGGUAAAUUGCCAUUAAAGUGGAUGGCGAUUGAGGCUUUGACGCAUCAAAUGUAUACAACUCGCAGUGACGUAUGGUCUUUUGGUAUUUUGUUAUGGGAAAUAGUCACGUUAGGUUGCACUCCAUAUCCUGAUAUACCUACAAAUAAUGUCUUGAAGCUUUUAAAAACAGGAUAUAGAAUGGAAAAACCUCCGAACUGUGGAGAAAAUUUAUACAAUAUAAUGUAUUCGUGUUGGCAUCUCAGACCUCAAAGCAGACCGACUUUUACGGAAUUGAGGAAAAAUUUAGACACGUUACUCAAUAGUUGCACUGAUAGUAAAUAUUUGAAUUUGAAUUAAAGAUUUCAAGAAGUCACAAAAAAUAAGGAAAUAAAUAAAUAAAUAAAAAUGAUCAGUGCUUUUUGAUGAGGCAGCAAAGAAAAUUAUAUAAAUGGUCUUUCGUAAGAUUUUGGUCUCUUUUAUCAUUAGAACAAGAAGGAAAAGAAUUAUUAUCAUCAUCGAGUAUUAAAGUCAUUGCUAAGUAUUACCGUUUGAGAAAGUCAUACCAUGUGCAAAAUCAUUUAUUUCGUAAGUAUUUUUACAUACAAUAAUCUGUGAUAUAAUCCCUUACACAUAUACGUGUGUAUAUGACUUCUUUAUGUAUGAGAGAACGCGAAUGUAUAUGUAGUGUUUAAUAAUAUUAUAUAUAAUGUGUGUGUAUGUACAUAUAUAUAUAUAUAUAUAUAUAUAUAUAUAUAUAUAUAUAUAUGUAUGUAUAAUCUUUCAAUUUUAAUAAUUCAAAUUUACAUUGACGGAAAGUAACUAACCGUAAGAUUUUUCUUCGUACUUCUUCACUUUCAAUUGUGCGAUGUUUAACAAUAUUACACACACAAUAUACGUCCUACCAUUUGAAGAUCUCAUUAUCAAUUAAUGACGAUUAAUGUUUUCUUCGCAAAAACAUUAAGAUUGAAGAGUCGAUUCAGACCGUAGAGAAAUGAUUGAUACACGAUAAAUAAUAAAAGCUAAGAAAGUGUACAAGGAA